AUGGAAGAAAAUAGAGAGGGCCAUGGCCUUGCAGGGGGCAAGAUUUUGUCUAUCUGGAUGAUUUUGUUUGUGGUGUUAGUCUUGUUGCCUUCGAUGUUUAGAGUAUCAUUGGGGAUUUCUCAUUUCUAUGUGAAAAUUGUAAUAAAAAUAUUAGAGUGGGCCACCCUGCAGAUUGAGGAGGGAGUAAAAAAGCAGAAGGCGCUGGCACUUGAAAAUUUAAUCUCCACGGGAAUCAUCCAGAGAGAGGAAACCUCCAUGGAAGAGGAGAUUGCUGGCCAGUGCCAAGGAUGCUUCAACCUUGCUCAUGUUAUGUACUUCUCCAAGAAGGGGUGUGAGGCAGUUGCAGAAGACGAAGUCACCCGACGGUUCUCCUCUGAGGAGCUGGCGUCCUGGAAUCUCCUCAGCAGAACCAAUGCCAACUUGCACCAUGUCAGCUGGCAACUGACCGUUGUGUGGGUCAUUGGGAUCCUAAUUCGGUAUUGUCUCCUGAUGCCUUUUCGCGUCUGCUUGGCUGUUUUCAGCAUCCUCUUGCUGGUCUUGGCCACUACCGUAGUAGGACAGUUUCCAAAUGGCAGAGUUAAAUGCUGGCUGAGCAAUCAGGUUCAGAUGAUAUGUGCCACAUUAGGUGUCCGAUGUCUGAGUGGUCUUGUUCAUUUCCACAACAGGGAAAACAGACCACAGGAAGGAGGCAUCUGUGUAGCCAACCACACGUCUCCAUUAGAUGUUCUAAUCCUCGCCAGUGAUGGAUGCUAUUCCUUGGUUGGCCAGGCACAUGGAGGGCUUCUGGGACUUAUUCAAAAAUCUUGCAUGCAAACCACUCAGCAUGUUUUGUUUGAACGCUCAGAAAUGAAAGACCGUCAUCUGGUGAGGAAAAAAAUUAGAGAACACAUUGCAGAGAAGGCCAAACUACCCAUUUUAAUUUUCCCGGAAGGUACCUGCAUAAACAACACAUCAGUAAUGAUGUUUAAGAAGGGAAGCUUUGAGGUCGGAGGGACCAUCCAUCCAGUAGCAAUCAAGUAUGACCCCCGCUUUGGAGAUGCGUUCUGGAACAGCACAAAGUAUUCCAUGAUGACCUACAUUUUUAAUGUGAUGACCAGCUGGGCUAUUGUCUGUAAUGUGUGGUACCUGCCACCAAUGGUCAAAGAGGAAGAAGAAGACGCUGUUCACUUUGCCAACAGAGUCAAGGCUGUCAUUGCUGCUCGGGGAGGAAUGUCUGUGCUUCCUUGGGAUGGGGGACUGAAAAGGAAAAAGGUCAAAGAGUCUUUCAAGGAAGAGCAACAGAAAAAAUAUUGCCAGAUAGUAAUAGAAAAUGGAUCUGUGGGAGACGGAAAUGUUUGUUAA